AUGCAAGAUUUGGCUAUAGUUCACAACCGCCUGCUACACUUCGCUGAGGCAAACGCAGCCGGUGAUCUGGAAGGGGCAACGGAAGAUGGGGACGCACCCGAACGACUGCUGCGCUUUCUGCUGGACGUGUCCUCGCCGCCAUGGCCGAAAGCGGAACACAUCCGGGCGGUAUGUAAUCCCCGGGAGCUGCUUAUGGCUUUGUUGGAGGUGUACGACCAGCUAAAAGAGACUGCCUUUGACUCCCCCAUGCACCUCCUGCUGCUCCGACUGCUGGGCCUUGUGCCUCGACUAGUGGCUGCCGUACAGCGCCGUCGGUUGCAGGUAGCGCUGUCGUGCCUGCCCGCCGUCGCGGAUCUGGCGGCGGGGGCGGCGGCCAGGCUGGCGGCGUGCCGGCGCGUGGCCGAGGAGGCGGAGGCGGCGGCGGCGGCGGCGGCCGUAGCCCGUCGUGGUUUGGAACCUGGGCAACUUGACGAGCAACUGGAAACCACGGCGGCGGCUGAGGAUAUGUGGAGGCAGGCCAAGACUCAGCUCGUGGCACCGUUUGCGGUGUUUGCGGAGCAAAUGCAUGAGCUGGUCCUUGCAGCGGAGCUCCCACCCCUUCUUUUCAAUACUACCACCACUACCACUACCAUCACUUCUUCUACCAAUGUCGGCGCCGCCGCCGCAGUGUCAACUGCCGUACCUCAUGGUACGGAGCCACUGAGUCUUGAGCGCCGUCGCGUGGGGGCCUGGUUGUUGGCGCUGUGUGGGGCCCUAUGGUCGGCUUGGGGUCCGCUGGUGCCGCUGCCGCCGCCGCCGCCGCCGCCUAGUUUGGAUGGCAGCACCGCUGCCGGCGCCAGCAGCGGCAGCAUGACAAUGUGGUCGCAUGAGGCGUGCAGCGUAGAAUAUCCCGCAGAUAGAACCCUCAUCCUAUCUCACAUAGCCUCCGACCCCGAGCUCCCUCGCCUGGGUGCUGCGUCCCUCUUAUGGCUAGCUACUGCCCCCCUCGCUGCUACAGCCGCCACUGCUACUGCACGCUACGGCGCGCGCCCUCUGGCUAGCAGAGCCGCAGACGAUGGAAGCAGGCAGGGGGCCCGGGGGCCACCGGGCAUCCGGUGGCCGCCCUGCCUUGAGCCAUCCACACGUAACCCUCGAGGCUCGCUUAAGGUGCUUCUGGAGGCCUGUCAGGUGCUACUGCUGUACGCCGGCCGGGAAGACAGCACCACUUUGCUGGAUCGAGCACUACAGCUGCUGGCGGCGGGCAGCGCCGUGCCGGGGGCGCCGGCGGCGUCGACGGCGCCAACUAUCGAUCAGUGGGUCGGCGUCUACAGUCGACUCGCGGGCCGUCAGGCGUCCGACCCGCUCCGCGCUUCUGAACUGUACGACAUGCUGGGCGUGUACGAGCCUCAUCUGGACGAGAGUGACACUGCGCUGGAGCCGCUGGCUCAGAGCCUGGCGACCGUGGCGGCGGUCAACAUGGUUCACGGGGUGGUUGGGUCGGAGAGCGAGGCUCGUCGGACUCUGGCCCACGCUGCUUUGCAGUCGCUGCUCGGCGCUCUUUCACCGCCGCUUCGGGCGCGGUGUCUGGAGAGCCUGGCGGCGGGGCCCUCCCCGGAGGUGUCAGCAUUGGCGCUACAGCGGCUACAACGAGAGGUCGCUACUGCCGCCGCUGCCGCCGGCGAGGGCGUUGCGGCUGUUGGACGCAGCGAUGGCGGCUAUGGCGGGAGUGGAGCUGUCUUCUCCACGCCAUGGGUCCUGCGGCCGGUGCUGCAGCAGCUACUGCCGCUACUUUCGGACGUCGCUGGCGCUGACGCAGCCGGUGCCGCUGCGGAUGGUGCUGCAGCCGAUGCCCUAACGCACCGCGCCGAUGUGGCUACAGCUGCCGUCAGCGUGGUGCGUUUCCUGGCGCUCCGCAGCCAAAGUGCCACUGCGGCCGCGGCCGCCUCAACAGGCGUUGUCAAUACGCCGCAUGACAACGAAGCCCACCUCCGCGGCGCCGCCGCCAACGGCGGAGUGUACGGCCUGCGGAAUGGUCCGCGUCGUCACGAUGAGAGCGCCGCCACCGUUGCGUCGGCCGCCUCUGGCGUUGCCGCGCGCGCGGCCGUGCUGGGCGCGGUGUACGAAACCUGUGUACGACCCUUGCAUGGCGCCAUAUCGGCGGCGUUCCGGGAGCUGCGUCGGCGGGUGCAGCUGGAGGAGGAGACCUCCGCGCCGUCCUCUCCACCACCGCAUCAAGUUCCAGCGGCGAUGCCGGCAACGGCGGCGGAUCGGUUCGCUGCUAAUGUGGCGGUUGUGAGCGACGCUGUGGCGGGCCUCACUGCCAUCAGCAGGCUGCAAGAGGUUGCGGAUUAUGUGGCGGAGUUGUUAGGGCACCCGGCGCUGCAGGAGGGGUUCAUUAGGGGCACGGUCUCGCCCCAGACUAUGCUAACCCAGCUCAGAAGCCCAGCCCCGGCUCAGGCGCGGGGUCGUCCGUCGGGGUGCAAGCAGUCCGCUGUCCUCGUUGCAGCUGCCAGCAGCCCCAGCCCUGAUUGGCGGGCCAAGGUGGAGUGGCUGGAGGCCAAGCGGUAUCCUCGCAACCCUGAGGUGGCUGCAGCUGCUGCUAGCCUCCCUGACGGCCGGGACAGAUUGCGCUGGCUACAAGAGCGAGGCUAUCCAAUGGGAUUGUUCAACUCUGAGACCUUCCGGAAGGCGGGCCGUGCUGGGAACUUUCCCUUGGUGCAGUACUUGCUGCAGGAGUUCGUUCUCUACAACUUCACGAGGGACGCUGCUGAGGCAGCUGCUGAGGCAGGUCAGCUGGACUUCCUGAAGGCCCUUCAUGCGCUAUGCCAGCUGGACAGUGAGGCGUCACGGAGCUUGGCGCUGCAUGCCUGCCGCAGUGGCCACCAGGCAGUGGUUGCUUGGGCCGUUCAGGAGCUGCAGUACGACGUGAGCGGCGACCCUGAGGCGCUUUCCGCGGCGGCAGAGUCCGGCAACGUUGCGCUUAUGGCUUGGAUCUGGGCCCGGAGCCAGCUGUCGUCUGGGAAGUGCAUGGAGGGGGCCGUGAAGAGCGGCUGCAGGGAGGCACUCCAGUGGAUGGAGGAACACGGGCUUCUGAUGAAGGGGGACUUGGGCACCAUGUACUACAUCGCUGCCCGCAACGAGAUAAGGAUUGAGUUUGCUGUUUUUUUAGCCUGCGCAGUUUAUUGGUGA